CUGAAAGUGAAAGUGAAAGUCAGUCUCCAUUUAGUGUGGAGGGAAAAUAAACUAUUUCAGGAGUAAAAACACAGGUUUGAUUUAACACGCCGAUGUUGCAGUGAAGUAAACGUGUGUCCUGCUGUAAUCUGGAGAAGGAGACAUGACCUCCAACAUGAGUGUGUCUGGAGAACAGGACUUAAAGAGAGACGAGAGAAUGAAGGAGGGAAAGAGAUCAGACUCACCAGAACCCAGCUGUGUGUCCAUGAAGAGUGACGCGUCAAUGGAUUUUCCAAAUCACUUCAGAGACGGAGCCAGUUCUCCUGAUGUGAGACCACAACAGAAGAAAUCAAACCUCAGCAGAAAUCAGUUGGACUCCAUAUUCAAGGAGCUGGAACACAAAGUCAUCACUCUGAUAAAGAUUGAGCUGAAGACAUUUAGGAAGCUCCUGAGUCCAGAUUACCCAGCAUGCACUGAGAGGGAGGUGGAGGAUGAGGAGGAUCUGCACAGUGUCAGAGAGGUAGCGCUGAAGAUCACACUGCACAUCCUGAAGAACAUGAACCACACAGAUCUCGCUAACACACUGCACAACAAGUCUGUGGGCUCUGUGUAUCAGACAAAGCUGAAAUCCAGCCUGAGAGAGAAGUUUAAAAGAAUUAAUGAAGGAAUCUCACAGCAUGGAAGCUCAGCACUUCUGAAUGAGAUCUAUACAGAGCUCUACAUCACAGAGGGUUGGAGUGGAGACGUCAAUAAUGAACAUGAGGUGAGACAGAUUGAGACAGCGUCCAGGAGACCAGCAGCACAGGAGACACCCAUCAAAUGUAAUGAUCUCUUUAAAGACAAGUCCAUCAGAAGUGUGCUGACGAAAGGGGUUGCUGGAAUUGGAAAAACAGUCUCGGUGCAGAAGUUCAUUCUGGACUGGGCUGACGGAAAAGCAAAUCAGGACGUCACCUUCAUGUUUCCACUUCCCUUUCGAGAGCUGAAUCUGAUGAAGCAGAAACAUCUCAGUCUGAUGGAUCUUCUUCAUCACUUUUUCCCUGAAAUGAGAAAACUAGAAUUAAUAGACUCCUACAAAGUGCUGUUGAUCUUUGAUGGUCUGGAUGAGUGUCGACUUCCUCUAAAUUUCCAGAAGAAUGAGAGACUGUGUGAUGUGACAGUGUCAGCCUCAGUGGAUGUGCUGCUGACGAACCUCAUCAAGGGGAAUCUGCUUUUCUCUGCUCUCCUCUGGAUAACCUCUCGACCAGGAGCAGCCAAUCAGAUCCCUCCUGAGUGUGCAGAAAAGGUAACAGAGGUACGAGGGUUCAGUGAUCCUCAGAAAGAGGAGUACUUCAGGAAGAGGAUCAGUGAUCAGAGCCUGGCUGAUAAAAUCAUCUUACACAUGAAGUCUUCAAGAAGCCUCUACAUUAUGUGCCACAUCCCAGUCUUCUGCUGGAUCUCAGCCACUGUUCUAGAGAGAAUGUUGGGUGAAGCAGAGAGUGGAGAGAUCCCCAAGACUCUGACUCAAAUGUUCACACACUUCCUGAUCUUUCAGAUCAAACACAAGGACCAAAAAUACCAUCAGAAAUGUGACCCUGAUCCUCAGCAGACCAGAGAGAGUAUCCUGGCACUGGGAAAACUGGCUUUCCAACAGCUGGAGAAAGGAAACCUGAUCUUCUAUGAGGAAGACCUGAGAGAGUGUGGCAUUGAUGUGAGAGAAGUGUCAGUGUACUCAGGAGUGUGUACCCAAAUCUUCAGAGAGCAGUUUGGGCUUCACCUGGGGAAGGUGUUCAGCUUUGUACAUCUGAGUGUUCAGGAGUUUCUGGCUGCUUUAUACACAUUUCUCUCCUUCAUCAGCAGAAAUGUAACAGAACAACCAACCAUUAAUCUGUCUGAUCUUCUCAACAAGUCAAACAUGUCUGAUAUCCUCAAGAGUGCAGUGGACAAGGCCUUACAGAGUGAGAACGGACACCUGGACCUGUUCCUCCGUUUCCUUCUGGGUCUCUCACUGGAGUCCAAUCAGACUCUCUUACGAGGGUUAAUGCCACAGACAGGAAGCAGCUCUCACAGCAAACAGGAAACAGUCGAGUACAUCAAGGAGAAGAUCAGGGAGAAUCCAUCUCCAGAGAAAUCCAUCAAUCUGUUCCACUGUCUGAAUGAACUGAAUGAUCAUUCUCUAGUGCAGGAAGUACAGACUUACCUGAACAGAGGAGGUUACAGUCGUCUCAGGGGAACCAUACUCUCUCCUGCUCAGUGGUCAGCUCUGGUGUUUGUGUUACUGAACUCAGAUCAGGAGCUGGAUGAGUUUGAUUUGAGUAAAUAUGACCGAUCAGAGGAAUGUCUUCUGAAGCUGCUGCCAGUGGUCAAAGCCUCCAGAAGAGCUGAUCUGUGUUGGUGUGAUCUGACAGAGGAAAGCUGUAGAGUUCUGUCCUCAGUUCUCUGAUCAAACUCCUCCAGAGUGAGAGAACUGGACCUGAGUAACAAUAACCUGCAGGAUUCAGGAGUGAAGCUGCUCUCUGCUGGACUGGAGAAUCCACACUGUACACUGGAGAUACUGAGGUACACACACUCACUCACACACACACACACACACACACACACACACACACACACACACACACACACACUGUACACUGGAGAUACACACAUACACACACACACUGUACACUGGAGAUACACACACACACACACACACACACACACAUACACACACACUGUACACUGGAGAUACACACACACACACACACACACUGUACACUGGAGAUACACACACACACACACACACACACACUGUACACUGGAGAUAUACACACACACACACACACACACACACACACACACACACACACACACACACACACACACUGUCACUGGAGAUACUGAGGUACAUGCACACAUACACACACACACACACACACACACACACACACACACACACAUACUCUCUCACACACACACACAUACUCUCUCACACACACACCCACACAAACACACCUACUCUGUCUCACACACAAACACUCCCUUGUACUUCCCUUAAAAAUGGUUUCAAUUAUUAUAAAGCAUUUAUUCAAACAAAAACCCUUCUGUUUUCAUUUCAAUAAUAAUAAUAAUAAUAAUAAUAAUAAUAAUAAUAAUAAUAAUAAUAAUGUUGUGGAUAAAAAUGACAUGAAAUAAACAUGAGGGAGACUUAGUAUGAGUAAUAUGUAAUUUUAUUGAUAAUUCACAGGACUGGUGGGUGCAUAAUCUUGAGGAGAGCGGUGGGGGGGGGUGCGUCCUGGGGACAUGGGAUAGUCGGCGAAGGUGAAGUGAGAGGACCACUGAGAAUGGGGCGGACUGACAGGUGAGAAGAGGGAAGAAUGGUCGGGGCCCAGGUCAGAGAAGGUGACAUCUUCCUCAGACUGAAAGCUGGCGGGGGGUUCUGGCUGGGUAGAGGCGUCAAUACACAUGUUCACGGAGCAGAUUCUGUAUCGGAGAGGGGGGGGGACCCCGCAUUUCCAUUUCCAGAGGGGGUGCUGCAAAGAAAGUUAAGUAGCACAAUGAGUGUCCAGAUCGAGAUCCAGAACCAGAUCCAGUAAAGGGGAGAAGAAGGAAUGACAAUGGGCACGUAGACACACAGAAGCGGUAUUAGGCAGAUAUUGACGAAUUGGAUUCACACUUUAGAGAUCUUUAAGAGUACUACACUAUGGUUUAUUAGUCGAAGAGUCAAAAAGAAGUAUAAGAGCUGAGGAGUGCUAACACACACACACACACACCCCAUUAUAACUUUAUAAGAAUAAUAAAAAGGAGUAUUAAGAUAUUAUAAGGGUAAUAUGAAUGAAUGAAUGCCUUUUAUUGUCACUAUACAAAUGUACAAUGAAAUUAAGAGCCACUCCUUUUUGUUCCGUGCACACAUGUACAUUCAAUAAACAAGAAGAAUAAAUAGAUAAAUAAACAAGAUAAACAAGAUAUUGGGGUGGAUGGGGGAGGUACUAUGAAAUUCACAGUUUUGAGACACUAUAUACAUAUGCUGUGAACUCAGUACAUGUAUGUGUUUAUAAUGGUAAUAGCUUUCGGGAAGAAACUAUUCUUAAAUCUACUAGUGCUUGUUUUGAUGCACUUGUAACAUCUCCCUGAGGGCAACAGAUUGAACAGAUCAAAGCCAGGGUGAGAACUGUCCUUAAUGAUGGGUUUUUCCUCUGCUGAGGCAACGGUAGGUGUAAAUAUCCAUCAGGGAGGGGAGAGGGCAGCCAAUGAUCUUCUGUGCCGCUCUUACUACUCUCUGAAGCCUCUUCCUGUCUGCUGCGGUGCAGCUACUCUACCACACCGUGAUACAGUAUGUCAGCAGGCUCUCGACGGACGAGCGGUAGAAGAUCAGCAGCAGAUUGGAGUCCAGAUUGUACUUCCUGAGAACCCUCAGGAAGUGUAGCCACGUUUGAGCCUUCUUGAUAACCGCUGUGAUGUUGUCCGUCCAGGAGAUGUCUGCAGAGAUUAGGACACCAAGAAACCGGAAGGUGUGGACCCUCUCCACACACUCACCAUUAAUGAAAAGGGCGGCCAGCUCAGUGUUGUGUUUUCUGAAGUCUACAAUGAGUUCCUUGGUUUUCUUGGUGUUUAGAGUCAGAUUGUUCUUUGAACACCAGGCUGCCAAGUUUAGGACCUCCUCUCUGUAGGCUGCCUCAUCUCCUUUUGAGAUGAGUCCGACCACUGUGGUGUCGUCAGCAAACUUGAUAAGAUUAUUGUUGUGGACUGGUCUACAGUCGUAUGUGUAGAGACAGUACAGGAGGGGGCUCACCACACAGCCCUGUGGAGAACCUGUGCUCAACGUGCGAGUGGAGGAGAGGUGGGGUCCGGGUCUCACUGUCUGGGACCGGUUGGUGAGAAAGUCCUUUAUCCAGGCACACGUGAGGUGGGGGAGGCCAAGGGUGACCAAUUUGGUGAUGAGAAUGUCAGGAAUUAUUGUAUUAAAAGCCGAACAGUAAUCCACAAAAAGCAUCCGGACGUAGCUCUGUUGCUGCUCUAGAUGUCUCAACACGUAGUGGACAGCUAUGGCGAUAGCAUCCUCUGUGGAUCUGUUCGCACGAUAAGCGAAUUGAAAAGGAUCGAAAUCUGGGGGGAGGUAGUCCUUCAUGUGCUGAAGAACCAAUCUCUCAAAGCCCUUCUUGAUAACUGGAGUGAGGGCCACAGGACGAUAAUCAUUCAGGCUAGUGGUGGGCGACUUCUUUGGCACUGGGAUGAUUAUGGCUGAUUUUAGGCAGGCCGGGAUGACUGCUUGGGCCAGGGAGAGAUUGAAAAUUCUGGUAAAGAUGUGGGCAAGCUGGUGGGCACAUGAUCUGAGCACCUUACCAGGUACACCGUCUGGGCCAGCAGCCUUCCUGGGGUUCACUGCCAGAAACAUCCGUCUAACAUCGUGUUCCCUCACAGUAAGUAGAGUGGUGCAGGAACCAGAAAGGAAUGGAGGCAGGGCUGGACUGGUACGGGGGCCAGAUGAGGGUGGAGGUGGGGCUGGAGCAGAUGAGUGCUGUUGUUGUGAUGUUUCAAAGCGAGCAAAGAAGCAAUUUAGCUCUUCUGCCAGCAUCACACUCAGGUCUCCUGUUGUCGCCUCACGUUCUCUGUAGUUCGUGAUGUUCUGUAUGCCUUGCCACACCUCCCGUUUAUUUUUUCUGGACAGGUGGGACUCUAUGCCCCUCUUAUAGGCCGCCUUAGUUUCCUUAAUACCACCUUUCAGGUUGGCACGGGCAGCUCUGUACAGAGCUCUAUUACCAGCUCUAUUAUUAUUAAUAUUGUAUAAUAAUAGAAAAUUCUUUAUAAAAAAACAGAAUAGUAGGAUAUGUAGGACAAUAGAAGGGUAAUAUAAUGAUAUUAUGAAGUAGGAAGUACAUUAAACCAUUUUUCAAGCAGUAUAACUAUAUAUAAAAUAGAGAUAUAGAGCAUAUAUGAAAAUAAAUUAUAGACUAGAAAUACAGGAAAAAGUAACUUACUCAUACUUCAGAUGGUGAAGAUUCUUUCUCACAAGGAAGGCCUUAAUUUUAAGAGAAAACCAUGAGGAGGCAUUUAUAAGGGUAGCUGAGUCAAGCUGCCCCCCCCCCCCCCCCCCCAUGCGAGAUAAUAGUGAGACCAAGGUCACUCGUUGUUUUGUCUCUCCACUUUUGAAGCUAAUGGUAAAUUUAAAAGCCCUGUUUUUUGAGCUAAUGGUAAGUUGAAUAGCCGUUUUUAGAACAUAAUAGUAAUGUAGAUUAGCUCUUUUUUAACCCUAUUGGUAUUGAUAUCAUAGUCUUUUUGAAACAUAUUGGUUAUUUACUGUGUAAAUACAGUAUAAAUACUGGAUCUCAAGCUCAGGGUGUCAGAUCACUUCUGAGAAUUCUCUUCGGUGUGGAUCUCGUGUGGUGGAACGGAACAAUAAAUCUGGACCCUUGCUUCUUCUCACUCACGGCUGGUGUAUUUUUUUCUAUCUCCAACUGGGUUCAGAGGUAGAUGUGAGUAUUUGCUUCUAUGUUGAAUUUUAAGUGUUUUUGGGUAAUAGGCUAAAUUUGAGCCAGCAAUAAUGAUAACAGUAAUAAUAAUAAUAAUAAUAAUAAUAAUAAUAAUAAUAAUAAUGCUGACGUGGUGUCCUGUUCUCUAAUUUCUGUGUGAGAGAGAAACACACUCACAUUUCUGUUACAUGGUAAAGAGUGAGUGUAUUAUGGCUGUGUGUGUGUUUGAGGUCAGUGUUCUGAUAUUUCAUAAUUUCUCUUCCAGACCAUGUUGGUGUAAUCUGACAGAGGAAAGCUGUAGAGUUCUGUCCUCAGUUCUCAGAUCAAACUCCUCCAGUCUGAGAGAACUGGACCUGAGUCACAAUAACCUGCAGGAUUCAGGAGUGAAGUAGCUCUCUGCUGGACUGGAGAAUCCACACUGUACACUGGAGAUACUGAGGAUGUGGAACUGCAGUAUUACAGAUGAAGGUUGUGCUGCUCCUGCUUCUGCUCCGAGGUCAAACUCCUCAUCACACCUGAGAGAACUGAAUCUGAACGGUAAUAAUCCAGGAAAAUCAGGAGUGAAGCUCCUCUCUGAUCUACUGAAGGAUCCACACUGUAACCUGGAGACACUACACAUUAACUAUAAUAAACUCACCAGGACGGCGUAUGACAGGAGUCUCACCUCAAACCUCUUCUCCAGGAUAAAGCAGUCUUGGUGAAGAGUUAGAACCCGUCCCACAUUUCCAGCAGUUUGGGAGCUGAAUCAUUAAACUUAAAGGGGCAGAGCAGAAACAAAGUCAAGAACAGGCAGAAGGUCGUACACAGGAGAAAUCAACACACGUAACCAAAUAUCUGCUGUACAAAGUAACGGCACCGAUCUGCCCCGGGGAUGGAGACUGACGAGGCUUAAGUACACGUCCGGAAAUGUACAGCCAACUCAUCCCAAAGCACGAGGCGGGAGCAGGCACGUACAAGAUGUGAUCGUCCAAUGGCAAGCCGGAACAUGAUGCAUUGCAGUGGACUGGGCUUAAAAGAGGAGGAGACAAGACACCCAUCCCUCCCCUGACAUAGACACACGAAUGGAACAUAGUACAAAUAGAAAUAAAACUGAGGACAUAACAAUGGUCAAGUAUCAAAUAUAAUGUAAACUUGCAUCGAUGAAGUUAAUGUUGUUAGUAAUUGUUCAUAAAUUACCAUGGUAACACAGAGCUCCAAGGUAUAAAAAUAUGGAGUUUGUCAUCAACCAAACAGUAACCAGUUUUAAUACCUAUAAAAGUUUACGUAGUAAAAUUUAGCAAAGCGCUUUACAGUAAAUUCAAAUGUAAAAUUAAACUAAUGAAAUGUUGUGCAGCACAUGCUUAUGUUAAUUUUUGUUACAUUAUAUGAUCAUAUAAAUAAAUAAAUACUCCCAAAGUCA